AUGUGGGAGUGUGAUUUUCUUGUGUUAAAGAAACAAGAGAAUCUUAGUUAUUUGGAGAACCACCCGGUUUUAAACAAUGUACCGUUGAUUCCAAGAGACGCGUUUUAUGGUGGCCGUACAGGAAACACAAAAACCUAUCAUGAGUGUGAGUCUGGUGAGGAAAUAAAAUAUGUAGAUGUUUGUUCGCUGUACCCAUAUGUGUGUAAGUAUGGAAAGUACCCUGUAGGCCAUCCGACGGUAUAUGUUGGAGAUGCAGAAUGCCGGGGAAGAGGAUUGUCUGUAGAGGGUUUGUUGAAAUGUAAAAUCCUUCCUCCAGUAGAUCUAUAUCACCCGGUUCUUCCUUCAAGAAUGCAUGGGAAGCUUAUGUUUGUACUUUGCAGAAAAUGUGGUGAGGAGACAAACCAGGAUAACUGUCAUCACUCUGAUGACGAAAGAGCCUUGGUAGGAACAUGUGUAAUGGAUGAGAUCCGCGUAGCAGUAGAGAACGGAUAUAAUAUUCUACAGUACUAUGAACUCUGGGAAUAUGGUGUUGCAACUUUUGAAAAAGGAGGCUUAUUUACAGAGUUUAUUAAUAAAUUUCUGAAAAUGAAACAAGAAGCAUCAGGAUAUCCAGAAUGGUGUCAAACUGACGAGGACAAAAAUAGAUAUAUAAGGCAGUACCUUGACCAUGAAGGAAUCAGUUUGGAUCCUUUGAAAAUUGAAAAGAACGGCGGUCUCCGAUCACUAGCAAAAUUAAUGUUGAACAGCUUUUGGGGAAAAUUUGGGGAGAGAGAAAAUCAGACAAAGGCUACUAUUGUGCGAGAUCCUGAGACUCUGUUCAAUAUGUUAAUUAACCCUGCUGUUCAGGUAAAUACUAUUCAGGAAAUCAAUCAAGAUACAUUGUUGGUAAAUUGGCAAAAUUUAGAGGAGGUGGGUGGUUCUUUGCGUAGGGUGAAUGUGGCUAUAGCGGCAUACACGACAGCGCAAGCACGGUUGAAGCUGUACGAGCAUCUUAAGGCCUUAGGAGCACAGGUAAUCUACUACGACACAGACAGUGUUGUAUAUCUUUUAAGCGAUAAUCUACAUAAAGUACCUACUGGUGACUAUUUAGGUGAGAUGACUGAUGAGCUGACUGACUACGGACCAGGUUCAUUUAUUAUUGCUUUUGUCUCUGGAGGUCCUAAGAC